UGACACGGUGCGUUGGUCGUUUUGUCGUGCCCGCGAAAAAGCCUGCGCUCAACCCAAUCCAAAGGACGCGUUGGCUGCCACCAUGGCGUCCGCCGCCGCUGUCUCCUUCCACCAAACCCUCCCCCCUCCCCUUCAACACCGCCGGCUCGGCCCCACGCCACCCCGCUGCACGCACUCCGAGCGCGGCGUCUCCUUCGACCCGGGCUCCGCCUUCUACCGCAGCGAGAGCGCCCCGGGGCGCGACCUCGCUGUCCUCGCGGCCACCAUCCACCGCCGGCGCCGCCUCGACCCCUCAGGCCCUUUCCUCUGCCUCGAUGCAAUGUGCGGCUGUGGCAUCCGCGCGCUCCGCUACCUCGCGCAGGCCGGCGCUGACUUCGUCUGGGCCAAUGACGCCUCCGACGCUCUCCGGCCCGUCGUCGUGGGUAACCUCUCUCGCUUCGAGCCGGAGCCCCUAGACGGGCAAAGGCGGUGGGUGGUGUCGCACCUCGAUGCCACCCGGCUGCUCGCGGAGAGGUACCUCCGGCGCGAGUACUUCGACGUCAUCGACGUGGACUCGUUCGGCAGCGAAGCCGAAUACAUACGGGCGGCGUUUCUGGCGCUCAAGAUUGGGGGCCUCCUGUACCUGACGUCAACUGAUUGGCGCUCGGCGAGAGGGUAUGGCGGGAAAUGCUCAUUGUCUUCAUAUGGUGCAUAUGUUCGCCCCGUGCCAUAUCCGAAUGAGAUCGGUCUGCGAAUGCUUUUAGGUGGUGCUGCACGGGAAGCAGCGAUGUUGGGAUUUCACAUAACACCAGUAUUCUCUUAUUAUGCAUAUCACGGUCCUAUUUUCCGAGCAAUGAUACAACUGCGCCAUGGAAAAGAAGAUGGUAUCAGUAAUUAUGGUUUUAUUUGUCAUUGCAAGAGUUGUGGCCAGACCCAGACUUUUGGAUUUCAUGAAUUGGGGCAGAUUUCUUGUCGAUGUGCAGAUAGAACAGAUGCCACCUCUAUCACAGUUGUAGGCCCACUUUGGACAGGUCCUCUCCAUGAUGCCUCUUCCAUCACUGAAAUGCUAAACUUGGCUGUAGAAUGGGGAUGGGCAUACACAACUGGGAAUGGCGUCACUUUGGAAAAACUUCUCGUCACCAUGAUUGACGAGAGCGACCUAAGAUUGCCACCUGGAUAUAUCAGACUUGAUGAGAUUGCUAGCCGAGCAAAAGUUAACUCUCCACCACUCGGUACCCUCAUCAAUUCACUGCAGAAGGAAGGUUACGCUGCUUGUAGAUCUCAUAUAGGUGCCAAUGCAAUCAAGACCAACUGUCCCAUCACUUCGUGCAUUGAGGUUGCACGGGAGAUCCGGAAUUUAAGAUGACUGCCAGUUUACACCCUAUGUAAUUUGCUAAAGCCACAAGAUCUUGUGGUGUUUAAGGACACAAAUCUUGGUUCUGCCAUUAUUUAGCCAUCUUUGAAGGUUUGAGCCUUUGAGGUGAAUAUAGGAUUCCAAAAAACAAGAGAGCUCUCACGUAGCCAGCAGUCUGAAAAUGGAACAGCUGUUGUCCUACACUACAGAGGCAGCAAAUUUUGCUCUGUGCUUUUUCUAUCUGGUUGUCUUACGAUGCACAAUGUUUUUGAUAGGCAGUUGUGUCGAGGGGAAUAGCAUUUGGCAAUACUGCAUCUGUCCUUCGCUUUGUACUCA